AAAAAACGGUUACCUAGCAACGAGAAAAACAACCGGAACCAGUGGCACCAGCUGGGAGAGAAAGGAGGUUCCACAGGCAGUUCUUACCAAGAAGAUGUCGAUUCCAUUCUCCAACACCCACUAUCGAAUUCCACAAGGAUUUGGGAAUCUUCUUGAAGGGCUGACACGCGAGAUUCUGAGAGAACAACCGGACAAUAUACCAGCUUUUGCAGCAGCAUAUUUUGAGAGCCUUCUAGAGAAAAGAGAGAAAACCAACUUUGAUCCAGCAGAAUGGGGGAGUAAGGUAGACGACCGCUUCUAUAAUAAUCAUGCAUUUGAGAAGCAAGAACCACCUGAGAAAUGUGAUCCUAAACAAGAAAAGUCUCAGAUAUCUGGGAAGGAGGAAGAAACACCAGUCACCAUCUUAGACUCUUCUGAGGAAGAUAAAGAAAAAGAAGAGGUUGCUGCUGUCAAAAUCCAAGCUGCCUUCCGGGGACACAUAGCCAGAGAGGAGGUAAAGAAAAUGAAAACAGAUAGUCUUCAAAAUGAGGAAAAUGAGGAAAAAGAGGAAAACAUGUGAGGACACUGUUUUUACCUCCAGGAAACAUGAAAAAUAAUUCAACUCCAUUAAUGUUCUUGUUAUUGUCUUUUUUUCCUGAAUAAGGAAGAUUAGAUGUUGUGAAAUAACAUUUGUUGCUGUUGUGAAAAUCUGUCAUGAGCAUUUGUUUAAUAAGCAUACCAUUGAAACAUGCCACUUGAAGAUUUCUCUGAGAUCAUGAGUUUGUUUACACUUGUCUCAAGCCUAUCUAUAGAGACGCUUGGAUUUAGAAGUAUAGAACUAAAGUAUCUGAGAUUACAGAGAUCUCAGAGGCUAUGUGGUCUAACCAUUACCAAAUAAAUAAAUCCUCGCUAUCACAUCCCCCAAAGAUGUUCUUGAGCUCCUGUUUCACUCCUAGUGAUAAAAAAUUUCACUGCUUUUUAAGGAUAGUCCAUUUAAAUUUAGAAUUUUUAGAAAGAUAAGCUGGGUCAAAACUCUGCCUCCUUCAGCCUGGCCAACAUGGUGAAACUUCAUCUCUACUAAAAAUACAAAAAUUAGCCAGACAUGGUGACAUGCGCCUGUAAUCCCAGCUACUCAGGAGGCUGAGGCAGAAGAAUCACUUGAACCCAGGAGGCGGAGGUUGCAGUGAGCUGAGAUUGUGCCACUGUACUCCAGCCUGGGCGACAGAGGAAGACUCCGUCUCAAAAAAAAAAAAAAAAAAAAAAAAAAUCUGCCCCCUUGUAAAUUUAACUCACUUGUUUUCAUUUAUCAUACAUGCGUUCGAUUAUUUAUUGAAAAUGUAUUGAGCACUAUUUAUGUGCUGGGAAUUAGUAGUGAAUACUGUUCUUACACUUACACAACUUACAAUUUUUUAUUGUUUUGCUCUCCAGAACAUCACAUUGGAAAACGCAAAAGCUAUCAUAUCAUGCUGUCUUCUUCAGUUAAAACUUCCCAAGUUUUUUUAAUAUACAAUGGUAUAUUAGAAAAGUAUACAAAUGGUAAUGCCUAUUUUACAAACUCAGAGGCCUUAUAUCUUAUUUGAAUGGUUCACUGAACCAUUCAAAUCCCCAGUGCCUUAUUUUUAGAAAGUUCAGUCUCUCCCUUUUGAGGCCCCUCCACCCUUGAUUGUCUAAGAAACUGAGGGUUCAUGUCUUAGACCAAAAGGUGCAGUUCUCUUCCCAAUACGAAAGGUAGAAACUGCAGUCUUACCAUUUAGUUAAUGUUGUUGCCUUCUACCGUAAUGUUGUAACAUAGUCCAGCAGACUGAGGUGAUUCUCUGGCUGGUUCCAAUUCCUGCCUGCACCAUAGUGGAUGGUCCGUGAUUUAGUUCCAGGAUUACAUCUCUCUUCAUUCAUAGUUCCACAACCAUUGUUCCCAAAGCUCAAAAACAAGGCGGGAUGGCCCAGUCCUGAGGAGUUUCUAAAACUAGGUAUAUGUUAUGUCAUAAAUAAUACUCUUCUACAAACACUUUGAUCCUUGUCAUAGGCUUAGAUGUACUCUUUCUCCAAAGCAGUUUUAUUUCAGGUGCCUCACUGCCCAUUCCUGGCACUGAGCCUUUAUCAGGCACUGCAACAGAGGUUCACCCAAGAGAUCUCCACUCAAACACAGUUGAUUCACACCAACCCUUUUAAGGUUAUGGCAUUCAUUCUCUAAUGUGCACUCAUACAGGUGGCCUUUCUCCUUCUAAAGUCUUGCUACCACUAUAAAGAAUUUCAUGAUAGCUAAAUACAAGUCUCUAACAUCCUCCUUAACCCCUCUCCUCUUGGCUUAGAGAGGAAAAGAAAUCAAUCCUCCAGGAUUCCAGCUGCUCAUCCCUCCCAUUCCACUGAAAGCACCAGCUUCCAACACCUUCCCCUCCUGAACAAAGCCAUCCUGCUUAGAGGAUUAUCAAGGGGGACCCAGAAUUUAUGCAAAGAUUUAGAUUCCCUGACCGGGAGAGGAGACCAGAGAGAAAAAGAGAUUUUUUUUUCCAUAGUGAAUAUAUAGCAGGAAGAAAAAAAGAAAUGAGUUAGCUUUUUCAGUAAUUCUCUUGUUAUACACAUAAAGUAACUAACACUCUGCGUUCCAUACACAUACACACGCACACACGCAUACAUCUAGUGGUGGUGAUAUUUGUAGUGAAGGAGAAAAAGGAAAAUUUGAGCAAUGGAUGUGAUAUUAUGACAACAACACAUAUGAAUGACACUUUCUUAGAACUUACCUGGUUUUCCUCUUAUCUCUCUGGCUGUUCCUUCUCAAUUCCCUUUCCUGGUAACUCUUCAACUCCCCAACCACUGAAUACUAAGUGCGCUUAUGCUCAGUCUUUUGACCCCAUUUCUAUACUCACUUGAUUUCCUGCAGUCUUAUAGCUUUAAAAUCCUUGUUCUUAAUGAUUACUCCCAGACCUUUCUCUCCUCUGCCUGAGAACUUCUAUAUCGAUAUUCAACUGCCUAUAUGACAUCCCCAUCUGGAUGUCUAUAGGCAUCUCAAAAGUAACAUAUCAAAAACGACUCCUGAUGUUGUCCCCAAAUCUGAAACUUUCUCACACCCAAGUUUUUCCAUUCAAAAAUGGCUGCUCCAGUCUUCCAUUUCCUUGGGCCAAAAACCUUGAAUUCAUCUUUAAUGCUUCACUUUCUUUCACACCCCAUAUACAAUCUAUCAGCAAAACCUGUAGGCUGUACCUAGAAAAUAAAUUCAAAAUCUGCCUACUUCUCACCACUUUCAUUGUUACCACCUUGGUCCUAGUUCAUAUGAUGUCCUUGUGAAUUAUUGCGAUAACCUAUACUGGUCAGUGAUUGUCUCACUACUGCUGCACAACCCAUUCCAAAGUCAGCGCUUUAAGACAAUUAUCUUUUCUCCUGGGUCUGUAGGUCAGUGGUAAUAUAGCUGAGCUAGGCUGGACUACAACCUCGAGGCUCGCUUUGGGUUUGUGGGCUGACAAGAGGAAGGUCUGCUUCAGGCUGUGGGCCCAUGGGUCAACUGCAGCACAGCGCCUCUGCUUCACAUGUCCUAUUCUGAGCCCAUGCUGAAAGAUAUUAUCCAGGACAAGCUCUUCUCAUGCUGGUCACAGAAGACAAACAGGAAAACCCAGCAUUCAAGAGUACUUCAAGCUUUUGCUAAUAAUAUCACUUCCACUGACAUCCCAUAUUUAAAAAAAAAAAAAAAAAAGUCAUCGAAUGAAGCCCAAAGAGGAUGAGGAAAUACACUGUUCACCAUGUAUGCAUAAUACUACUACAGAGUAGUGAAGAAUUGGGACCAGUAAUUUAAUCUGCUUUCUUGAUUAUAUCUUUCCCACAUGCAAACUAGACCCACUUCUAUUCCAAAACCCCUGAAAGUUCCAUCACAUCUUUGAAGUCCAGGAUCUCAUGGUCUACAUCAGGUCCAGAUAUAGCUCUUCUUGACAUAGAGACCUAUGAAUUAAAACUGCAAGUAUCUUUUUCUCGCAUACCAAACAUACAACAAAUGAUGGAUUAGCGAUGAUAAUAACCACAAAAAAAAUACCCUUAUUCACAGAGGAGAAAAAUGGAGGCAGAUUAUAGCCACUGGUCCAUAACAAUUAGGAAAUCUCGCUGGACAAUGGUUGUCAGGUUUCUCUAUUGGAGGGAAUUACGUUUCAUGAUUAGGCACUGAUUCUGCUCCCUAAGAAUGAUUUUCCAGUCUAUCUUCCACAGCUCUUGGUUCUACACUCUAGGGAAUCAUUCUUUUACCCUCAUCUUCCUUAGUCACUUGCAAAGGACAUUAGAGAAUAUGCCCUUUUUGGUGGAUAAAUGGGUUCUUCAACCUGCUUUUUGCCUGUAGAAAAUUAGAGCCCAAUAAUCUGUUUAUAUCCUCUAGAGUGUCAAUCUCUUUCAGCUGGUACUGGUACUUUUGCCAAUAAAGUUCUUUUUUAAA